CAGGGCAGGACAUUGCUUUAGCUACGUGAAAGUUGACAUUUUUUUAAUAUCCUUACAAUUGUAUAUUAUGAAACAUAAUAAAAUCGAAUUUAAUUGGAAUACGAUAGGUUUAGCUAGUGGUUAGGGCUCCUAGUGCUGUUCAACUUUGUUCCUCGAUUGGGGAGCUUGUCGCUUUAAAUAGUUUGGCCGUAGAGGAUCAUGGGUAAUACAGCUUUCAUUUCUCUCUUUGCGGGAGAAGAGACGAUCAUUCUUCAGCAAAUCGUCCUGAAUUUGAGUCGAAUGCGAAUCCUCGACAUCGGACACCCCUUAUCAGUACUUUAGUGGACUAAAACAUCAUUCGCGCUGUCUUCGUGUCCGGUUGGAGUUGUCUCGUCCACGUUGAAACUUCUCGGUGUAUUUUAUCUCAUCUUAUCUUAGUUUAUCUUGUUAACAAAGAGAGAGACGUUUGUGAUCAACACUUCGCUGAGCAGAGCUCAGGAUUGAGCACAGAAAGUGUUGUGAUGGUCGUGUAAAAAUGUGUGCAAGAAUGACUGGAAAGUACAAGGAAGAAGUUCGUGGACUUAAAAAGGAGGAGGAGGCACAAUGUCAACUGCUGGACGCUGUCUUCAGUCUGCAGCCUCGGAUUGUCCUACGGAGAGCAGAAAUCAGUGAAAAUCUUCAUCCAGAGUGGCAGCAGUCAGUGUCCUGUCACAUCAGAGAGGAAGAAGAAGGUGAAGAGGUUCACCGUAUCAAAGAGGAGGAGGAAGAGGUCAUACACAUGAAAGAGGAAGAGCAGGAGGAAAUCAUUCAGGUUCCAUCCACUGGUGUCCAUUUGAAGAGUGAAGAUGGUCAAAGUGAGGAGAGUCAAGGGGCGGACCCUCCAAGGAACUGCUCAAGUGAUAGAGAGUGCCACAGGCGAGGAUUACAAACAGACGGUCAUGAUGAUGAUGAUGAACAGUUAGAAAGCGAUAUGGCAUGUCACACUGCCAACAAAUGCUGGAAAUGUUCUCAGUGUAGGAAAGCUUUUGCUUCUAAGGGCAAUUUAAAACAACACGUGAAAAGACACACAGGAGGAAUGCCUUUUACAUGCUCAAUUUGUGGUAAAAGAUUCACUCAGAAGGGACACCUAAAAAGACACACAAGAACACACACUGGUGAGAAACCUUUUCCCUGCGCAGUUUGUGGUCAACGAUUUUCACAGAAGGGACACUUAAAAAUGCACACAAGAACACACACUGGUGAGAAACCUUUUCCCUGCACAGUUUGUGGUCAACAAUUUUCACACAAGGGACACUUAAAAAUCCACACAAGAAAACACACUGGUGAGAAACCUUUUUCCUGCUUAGUUUGUGGUCAAAGAUUCACUCAGAAGGGUUAUUUAAAAAUACACACAAGAACACACACUGGUGAGAAACCUUUUCCGUGCGCUGUUUGUGGUCAAAGAUUCUCUCAGAAGGGACACUUAAAAAUGCACACAAGAUCACACACUGGUGAGAAACCUUUUUCCUGCUCAGUUUGUGGUAAAAGAUUCUCUGACAAGAGAAACUUGAAAAUACACACAAAAACGCACACUGGUGAGAAGCCUUUUUCCUGCGCAGUUUGUGGUCAAAGAUUUACAAAGAAGGGAAGCCUAGCACUACACGCAAGAACACACACUGGUGAGAAGCCUUUUUCCUGCUCAGUUUGUGGUCAAAGAUUCACUCAGAACGGAAACUUAAACAGACACACAAGAACACACACUGGUGAGAAACCUUUUUCCUGCUUAGUUUGUGGUAAAAAAUUCACAUGGAAGGAAGAUUUAAAAAUACAUACAAGAACACACACUGGUGAGAAACCUUUUCCCUGCGCAGUUUGUGGUCGACGAUUUUCACAGAAGGGACAGUUAAAAAUGCACACAAGAACACACACUGGCGAGAAACCUUUUUCCUGCGCAGUUUGUGGUCAAAGAUUCUCUGAGAAUGUAACCUUAAAAAGACACACAAGAACCCACACUGGUGAGAAGCCUUUUUCCUGCUCAGUUUGUUGUCAAAGAUUCUCUUCUAAUUAUCAGGCUCAGACACACAAGUGUGCCGAUAGGAAAAGCCAUUAUCAAGAAGCUUUUAAUGUAAAUGUGUAAAAUGAAAGUAAUUAUUACUACUAUUAGCACUAUUAGUAACUACUAUUAUUGACUGACAACAUUCUUGUAUUCCGUGUACCAACUUUAUCGUGUCUUUCUUAGACCCAUCACAAAGGUCCUUUGUCCCCAAACGGUGGCUGAUCUGAUUUGAGCUGAUCUGAUCAGUAAAAGCUAAAAAUAUUGGGCUAAUAAUUCAAAAUAUAUAUCCAUCAAAUUUCUUAGCUGCUUAUCCUCAUAAGGGUCACGGGAGUGCUGGAGCCUAUCACAGAUAUCUUUGGGCAGGAGGCAGGGUACACCUGAAACUGGUUGGCACCCAAUUGACCCCUCUGAACAGGGCACUUAACCACGCCUCCUGAAGUGACGUCACGCCACGUGCGCUCACGUAAGACAAACAGUAAAAAUGGCAAAUACAAUAUCAUUCUGAACUGAGACAGACUCUAUGCUUCUGAUUUCAUUCAAAUCAACGAUAUAUUAUAGAUUCUAAAUACAAUACAUUCUUAACUGAGAGAGACGCCAUGCUUCUGAUUUCAUUCAAUCAUUCACACGUAGCAAUGUUAUGCCAGCGGAGAACGUCUCAUUCAUUUAUACGAGACGUGUAUUAAAAAUCAAAUUUAGGGCAUAUCUUCGUGCAAACACAGUCCGGUUAAGCUUCUGGCCGCGAGCCAGCAAGAAAUCAAUACGUUUGUACAGUCCGAUCAUCGCUAAAUAUCGAUCAACAAAGAAUAAGUGUGGCAAUCGUUCGCACGUAGCAAUGUUAUGCUAGCGCAGAACGUCUCAUUCAUUUAUACGAGACGUGGAUUAAAAAUCAAAUUUAGGGCAUAUCUUCGUGCAAACACCGUCUGGUUAACCUGGCUGCGAGCCAGCAAGAAAUCAAUACGUUUGUGCAGUCCGAUCAUCGCAAAAUAUCGCUCAACAAAGAAUAAGUGUGUCAAUCGUUCACACGCAGCAGUGUUAUGCUAGCAAAGAACUUCGAAUUCAUUUAUACGAGACAUGUAUUGAAAAUCAAAUAUAGGGCAUACCUUCGUGCAAACAUGUGUUCCGGUUGAUAUUCGAUGGAUUUAGUUGAUGAUGCGGUCUUCCACAAAGUUUGAUCCACCGAAGGCAUUUUUCGUACUGGGUCUUCGGUUUUGGAAAGGGUAGGAAUCGAACUCCACCAACUAGCCUUUCAGGAUACCUGUCGUCACUAUUACAAAGUCUGUGACUACACCUCUUAACCAUAUUUUUUGUUAAAUAACCCAAAUAUGCAAUAAAACGCUAACUAAACCUAUACUGGACCAUUCAAUGUUGUCAGAGAAAAUGGCGGGAGCAAAAACGGGCUUUGGUCUAUUCAGAUCUCUGGCCUCUGAUUGGUCAGUGACGUGGAUUGCGCAAUAUCCACGGAGGGGUCAAUUGCAGGGCACAUGAAGACAAACAACAGUCUCACUCACAAUCACACCUUAGGGCAAUUAGCGGUCAGAAAUCAAUGUAUCAUUUUGGUGCGUGGGACGAAACCCACGUAGGUGCAGUGGGUCUAACUGCGUUGUGUAUUUUUUUGGGGGGGGGAUGAUGGAUGGAUGAGAAGACACACGUUGGCAGGUCUCAACUUGAUAUAAUACUCUGUAUUAUAAAGGAGACACAUUUACAGAUGUUCACAGAUUUCUCUUCACAAUUUCUUUCAAAACUGAUACACUCAGGGAUCUCACAAACAAGAGGAAAUAUCACAAAAACAACGUGAUUUACAUCAUAACAGAUGAAAAGAAUAGAAAAGAACUUGCAUAAACUCACAUUCCUGUUGUCAUGGGCAUGGUCUAGUCACUGCCUGGGCGGCGCUUCCUGUGAGGGCGUGGCCAGGCCACUGCUCUGGGAGUUGCCACCUCAGACCGGUGUCACAGCUGUGUCACAUUUGGGACACUAAUUAACUAAGUACUUAAGUUGUAAAUCUGCCAUCAUUUGCCAGUCAGUUGCGCAUGCUUCACUGCAGUCUGUGAUACUCCGCGACUGUCCGUGAGUUCGUGUUGAGCAAUCCUUUGUCACAGCGAGUCUGUGCCAUUUUAGUUUGAUCACAUCUUGUUAUGCUUCUUGGUUUGCCUCAUAGUCAUCGGACUUUGUUUCCCGUUUUUUGGAUCUUGACUAGUCUCGUGUUUUUUUUUUUUUUUUGCCUUGUUUUGGAGUGCCUUUUGGUAUUGACCUGUUUUGGAAUAAAACUAUGAACAUUAUGCCUUUGCCUGGAAGUCCUGCAUUUGGCUCCGACAGAACGAACUGGCCAGAACAGGACCCAGCAAGGAAGACGCGGCGUCACCAACCACGCCAUCGAGCACGCCAUUGCUUGCCUGCCUCCCAGCGCUCCCAGCCUGAGGAGAAAGCCUCUCCUAUCCAGGUGGGUUCCGUCUCAUUGUCCUUGGUUACCGUACCACCCGUGUGCCCUGGUUAUAUUCCUCCAACCUUUCUGGGGGAUCAGUUUGGUCAUCUAUCUGGGUCCUCCGCACAGCAGCCAGAGGGGACACCCGAGUUAGGUGCACCCUUGUACCUCAUGCUGGUCUCUGACCAGUGGAGAUUACAAUUACAAUGGACCAUUGUACGUCCAUGUUGCAGCGGUAACAGACUGACUGCCGAGCCACACCCAAGCUUGGUGAUCAACCCACUGUCGAGCCAUGCUAACGUCGCGAUGGUGACCAACCUGAUGCCGAGCCACGUCCAAGCCUCAGUAGCGAGCGACCCGCUGUGAAGCCAUAGCCACGUCGUGGUGGCAACCGACCGCUGCUGAGCCACGCUCAUGCCUUGGUAGCAACCAAGCUGCUGCUGAGCCACACCCAAGUCUCGGUAGAAAUCAAGCCAGGCCCAUGCCUCGGCGGCGAUCGACCUGCUGCCGAUCCACAUCCACUCUUCGACGGCAAAUGAUCCUCAGUCGCCUGACGACCACACUUCAGCAGUGACCGAUCCUCGGCUGCCCAAUGUGCACGCCUUGACGACAACCGAUCCUCGGUUGUCCGAUGAACCCGUUCACACCUGGACGGCAACCGAUCCUCGGCUGCCUGACGACAACACUUCGGCAGCGACCGAUUCUCAGCCACUUUGGCCACCCCUCGAUGGCGACCAAUCCUCGGCCGUCCGGUGACCCAGUUCACUCCUUGACGGCGACCAAUCCUCAAGCGCCUGACGACCACACUUUAGCAGCGACUGAUCCUCGGCCACCCGAUGCCCACACCUCGAUGGGGACCAAUCCUUGACCGCCUGAUGACCCUGUUCACUCCUCGACUGCGACUCAUCCUUGGCCGCCUGACUACCACAUUUCAGCAGUGACUGAUCCUCGGCCGCCCGAUGUCCAACGCUUCAGCGGCGAUCGAUCCUUGACCACCCGAUUUCCACGGCUCGGCGGCGACCGAUCCUCAGCUGCCCAAUGACCACGACCGCGCCCCGGCAGAGACAUGUCCUGGCGUCGAACCUUCCACGGCCACCCGUUUCAGCGGCGAUGACACUACGGCUGCCUCACGUUCCUGUUCCGUGAUCGGUUCCCAGCCGCCUGAUGACCACGCCUCAAUGGCGACCAAGCCUCGGCCGCUUGAAGACCACAUCUCGGUAGUGACCGAUUUCCACCCACCCAUGACUACGCCUCGGCGGUGACAGAUUCCCGGCUGCCCGAUGACCACGCCUCAGCAGCGACCGAUCCCCGGACGCCUCACGACCACGUCUCAACGGCAAACGAUUCCCGGCCGUCUGAUGACCACGCCUCAAUGGUGACCAAUCCUCUCCCACCUGAUGACCACGUCUUAAUUGCAAACGAUUCCCAGCCGCCUUCCGUUCCUUUUUCGGCAGCAACCAUUUACGGGCCGCCUGAGAACCAUGUCUCUCUGGUGGCCGAGGAUCGGGUAGUAAUGACAUGACGUCUUGCCGACAACAAAUGAUCAAAAUGUUGUCGGUGUUGGAAAACAUUUACUUGUAAGAGCAAAUUACUCAUUUCCUGAGCAUAAUAAAGUCC